CUAUCUUUGGCCGGCCGCUCUAUCCUCCGGGACUCUAUGGUGAUGAGUUGCGGUCAGGCAUCGCCACGGACAGCUUGUUUUGGGUCCUUCAGUGUGUAGGCAGUUCCGGGUCCACGUCUCCGGUAGAGGAUGGAGGGGAGAACGGAGCGCAGAGUGUGAGGAGGGCCGUGUCAUCCUGUGUACAGCCCGGGAGAGGUGAUGAGUGAGGCGCUGUGAGUGACUGCUGACCCCAGAGAUCCCCGCAAUGUCCUGGUUGGUAGACUUGGCCGUCAAGGCAGAGGAUCUGCUGAAUUUGGUGGAUCAGGGAGCGGCCACCGCCCUAAGCAAGAGCAAUGAGGGCGAGGUCAUCCUGGACAGCGCCGCCGACUACAUCGGACACGAUCUGCCGGAGAAACCGAAGGAGAAGCACCCCAGCUUUACGAAGCCCGCCUUCAUCUCCUCCGCCGCCGGCAAUAUAAAGAACCAGAAGGCGACACUUCUCGCCGGCACCGCCAAUGUGAAGCCCGUCGGCAGGAUGACUACAGAGACCUCCCACAGCACUCCCAUCGCCCCCUCCCACAGCGCCCCCUCCCUCAGGACCUCCAGCCACUUUGUACGACGGAAAAAGUCUGAACCGGACGAUGAGCAGCUCUUCGAUUUCCUUAAUAGUUCGGAGAAAGUGCACAACGGCGCCCUGGAGUCCAGGAGAGAAUCCAACAGGGAGGCGAGCGGGCACUCCGCACCGACCAACCCCAACAGUGCCAACACCACCCAGAGCGCCUCUCCGAAGACUGAACGGAAAACUCCAGAUUUUCAGCCUGCAGACAACACUCCGGAAGAUAAAGUCCCGGACAGCAAAGCCUCAGACACGUCCUCCACCUCCAGCCACGGCAAUGGAGAUCAGAAAUCCCACGAACUGUCCAAUCUCCGCCUGGAGAACCAGCUGCUCAGAAAUGAGGUUCAGUCCCUGAACCAGGAGAUGGCGACACUCAUCCAGAGGUCCAAGGAGACCCAGGAAGAUCUGAAUGAAGCAAGGAUUCGGAUAGGGAAGUGGAAUGGUGACCAUUCCAAGAGUGACAGAACGACGAGGGAGCUGCGGGCCCAGGUGGACGAUCUGACGGAGGCAACCGCUGCCAAGGAUUCCCAACUGGCAGUGCUGAAGGUGCGGCUGCAGGAAGCUGACCAAUUACUGAGCAGCCGCACAGAGGCUCUGGAGUCGCUGCAGAGCGAGAAAUCCAGGAUGUUGCAGGAUCAGAGUGAAGGGAGCAGCCUCCACAGCCAGACCUUGCAGAGCGUGCAGGAGAGGCUGCGGGAAGCAGAGGCCUCACUGAAACGGGAACAGGACGGCUACAAACAGAUGCAGAAUGAAUUUUCCACCCGUCUGAGCAAGAUGGAAGCAGAGCGUCAGAACCUGGUGGACUCGGUGUUGGGCGCUGAGAAGAAACACAUGGAGGAGAAGAGGAGGUGCGACGAUCUGCAGCAGCAGCUGAAGGUUGCAAAGAACGCAGCAGAGUCUGUAAAACAGGAAAUGACGGAUUAUAAGCAAAAAGCAACUCGCAUUCUGCAGUCCAAAGAGAAACUGAUCAGCAGCCUGAAGGAGGGCUCAGGUCUGGAGGGGAUGGACAGCCAUAUAGGCAGCAGCAUGGAGCUGGAGGAGACGAGACACGAGAGAGACAUGCAGAGAGAAGACAUACAGAAACUUCUGGCUCAGAUCCAGCAGCUGAAAGCCGAGUUACAGGAUCUGGAGACGCAACAAGUAAGUGAAGCAGAAACUGCCAGAGAACAAAUUGAUGAUGUACAGGAGCAGAUGGCAGAGCAGAGGAGGGGGAAGCAGGAGCUGGAGGCUGAACUGGAGCGCCAGAAACAGGAACUUCAAUAUACACAGGAGGAUUUUCACAGGACCAAGAAUACACUUCAAGGGAGAAUCAAAGACCGAGAGGAUGAGAUCCAGAAACUCAGAAAUCAGAUCACUAACAAAGCGCUGAGCAGCAGCAGUCAGACGGAGCUGGAGAACAGGCUGCACCAACUGACCGAGACCCUGAUCCAGAAACAGACCAUGCUGGAGAGCCUGAGCACCGAGAAGAACUCGCUGGUCUACCAGCUGGAGAGGCUGGAGAAUCAGAUGAAGAGCGUUCAGGGAAGCGGAGGGGGCGGGUCCUCCAUCAACAUGUCCGCCGUGGAUAGCGGAGAGGGUGCCCGUCUAAGGAGCGUCCCGGUUCUGUUCAGCGACUCGGACACCAACGUGGCCGGCAUGUACGGCAGGGUCCGGAAAGCUGCGACCACCAUAGACCAGUUUAGUAUCCGUCUAGGAAUAUUCCUGAGAAGAUAUCCUAUUGCUCGAUUAUUUAUUAUUAUUUAUAUGGCGCUCCUGCACCUCUGGGUGAUGAUUGUACUUCUGACCUACACCCCGGAAAUGCACCACGAUCACCCCAUCGGGUGACUCUCUGCUCGGCAUCGCUGCAGAUAUUCAGCUGUUCUAGGACUGAUCUCUAUAUCGUAUUCUGGCUAGCCGAGGCAAACGCAUCACUUUCCACUAAACCCGCUGCGCACUACGAUCUGCAGACUGUUUUCUCUACAGGAAUAGAUUCCAUUACUGACGAGGUUUCUCAUACAAUUGGGGGGGGGGUUUACUAAAACUGGAGAGUGCAAAAUCGGGUG